CUUUUCCUUUCCAAGUACAAUUCUUUUGCUUUCUCCAGCUGCUCAAUUCUGUAGUACCGAACUGCUAGUGGAACUCUUACUAGUCUGUCCGAAAUCCAAAACUCCUCCUGAAUUCUCCAGAAAAUUGCCCAAGUUUUUCAGCUAGUGAACCCCCCUAACUCCAUCUCAAUGUCGUCCCACACCAGAACCGCCAUCUUGUCUGUUUACGACAAGACUGGCUUGUUGGACUUGGCCAAGGGCCUUGUCGCUGCCAAAGUGCGCAUUCUCGCCUCCGGCGGUACUGCCAGAUUGGUCCGUGAGGCUGGCUUCCCUGUGGAAGACGUCUCAUCCAUUACCCAUGCUCCCGAGAUGUUGGGAGGCAGAGUCAAGACAUUGCACCCAGCUGUCCAUGGUGGUAUUCUUGCCAGAAACUUGGAAAGUGACGAAGCCGACUUGGCUGCUCAGGGCAUCGAAAAAGUCGACUUUGUUGUCUGUAACUUGUACCCCUUCAAGGAAACUGUGUCCAAGAUUGCUGUCACCAUUGACGAAGCCGUAGAAGAAAUCGACAUUGGAGGUGUCACUUUGUUGAGAGCCGCCGCUAAGAACCAUUCCAGAGUUACCAUCUUGUCUGAUCCACAAGACUAUGCUGGUUUCUUGGAAGAGUUGAAGGCUGGCGAAAUCUCAGCUGAAACCAGAAACAAAUACGCCUUGAAGGCUUUUGAACACACCGCCGAUUACGACGUUGCCAUCUCCGACUUUUUCAGAAAGCAAUACUCAGAAAAUGAGUCCCAAUUGCCUUUGAGAUACGGUGCCAACCCCCACCAGAAACCAGCCCAGGCUUUUGUUUCUCAGGGUGAAUUGCCUUUCAAGGUUCUUGCUGGCUCUCCAGGCUAUAUCAACUUGUUAGAUGCCUUGAACUCGUGGCCUUUAGUCAAAGAGUUGUCUGCUUCUUUGAACUUGCCAGCCGCUGCUUCCUUCAAGCACGUUUCUCCUGCCGGUGUAGCUGUUGGCCUUCCAUUGUCAGAUGUCGAGAAGAAGAUCUACUUUGUUGAAGACAUUGAAAACUUAUCUCCUUUAGCCAACGCCUACGCCAGAGCCAGAGGUGCUGACAGAAUGUCGUCUUUCGGUGACUUCAUUGCCUUGUCCAACAUCGUUGAUGUUCCUACCGCCCAGAUCAUCUCCAAGGAAGUGUCGGACGGUGUGAUUGCUCCAGGAUUCGAAGACGAAGCUUUGGCCAUCUUGAAGAAAAAGAAGGGUGGAAAGUACUGUAUUUUGCAGAUCGAUCCUAACUACACCCCAGACAACACCGAAUCCAGACAAGUCUAUGGAAUCACAUUGCAACAAAAGCGUAACGAUGCUAUCAUCAAGGGUUCCUCUUUCAAGGAAAUUGUAUCCAAGAACAAGGACUUAACUGAGCAAGGAUCCAUCGACUUGACUGUUGCUACCAUUGCAUUGAAGUACACCCAGUCUAACUCGGUGUGCUACGCUAAGAAUGGUAUGGUUAUCGGUUUGGGUGCUGGUCAACAAUCGCGUAUCCACUGUACCCGUUUGGCUGGUGACAAGGCCGACAACUGGUGGUUCAGACAACAUCCAAAGGUGUUGGCCUUCAAGUGGGCCAAGGGUGUCAAGAGACCAGAGAAGUCUAACGCUAUUGACUUGUAUGUUACUGGCCAGAUUCCAACCACCGAGCCAGAAAAGACCGAAUACGAAUCCAAGUUCGCCGAACUUCCUGAACCUUUGUCUGCCGAAGAAAGAGCAGAAUGGAUAGCCAAGUUGAACAACGUCGCUUUGUCUUCCGAUGCCUUUUUCCCAUUCCCUGACAACGUCUAUAGAGCCGUCAGAUCGGGUGUCAAGUUCAUUGCUGCUCCUUCUGGCUCUGUCAUGGACAAGGCUGUUUUUGGUGCCGCAGACUCUCACGACCUUGUCUACGUCGAAAACCCUAUCCGUUUGUUCCACCACUAAGAACUGAGCUUUACCAUAAAAACUUGAUUCGCUCCACAACCUCACUGUAUUUAGUUCUGCUAGUGGGUUAUGCUGUUCUUAGCAACUGCGUAGCCCGUUCUUUGUUUUCUAAAUCUUAUUAAUAAACAUGAUGAUUUC